GCAGCCGCACGCGCGCCGCCGCGCCGCCGCGGGGGGCGCCGUCUCCGGGGCGUGGCCUCGUGCAGCCCCGCCCCCUGGCCGGCGACGGGGCAGGCGGGCGGCUGGCAGCUGUGGCGCCGCCAUGGCUGCGCUGGUGGAGCCGCUGGGGCUGGAGCGGGACGUGUCCCGGGCCGUGGAGCUCCUGGAGCGGCUCCAGCGCAGCGGGGAGCUGCCUCCGCAGAAGCUGCAGGCCCUCCAGCGAGUCCUGCAGAGCCGCUUCUGCUCCGCCAUCCGGGAGGUGUACGAGCAACUCUACGACACGCUGGACAUCGCCGGGAGCGCCGAGAUCCGGGCCCACGCCACGGCCAAGGCCACUGUGGCUGCCUUCACGGCCAGUGAGGGCCACGCACAUCCUCGGGUGGUGGAGCUCCCCAAGACCGAUGAGGGGCUGGGGUUCAACAUCAUGGGCGGCAAGGAGCAGAACUCGCCCAUCUACAUCUCCCGGGUCAUCCCCGGAGGCGUGGCCGACCGCCACGGAGGCCUCAAGCGUGGGGACCAGCUGCUGUCGGUGAACGGUGUGGUGAGUCGGGGGCACAGCCUGUCCAGGCCAGCACAGUCCCUGCAGGCCGGGCGCCCUCAGAGAAGCGGGCUUCCGCUUCUUUGGCAAGCGAGGUGCACCCUGACCGGGUCUGAGUCCACGUGGAGCCCCGGGCCAGUGCAUGAACAGGGGAGGUUGGCCAGAGAAGCAACAUCUGAUUGGGUGAAGAAGGUAGGGGGUGUUUGUGGCUGAGGGUGACGGCGGCGACCGGGGCCGUACCUCUGUCCCUGCGGGGGCAGCCAGGGAGUUCAGAGCACCAUGGGUGCAGUAGGCGGCCAGGGCCAGCCUUGCAGAGGAGCUGGGACUUUGUGCCCAGGGUGCUGGGGAGUCGUGGCGGGGCGAAAGGCCCAGCUUAGGGGUACAGGAAGACACCCGCACCCCGGGGACUGUGGGAGGUGGAUGGAGGAGAGACUGCAGGCUGGCUAAGUCAGGGGCCGUGCAAAGCAGGACGGAGCUAGGGUAGGAGGGAGGGAAGUGACCAGCCUGGGCCCGGACGUCCGGCUCGGCGGCUGAGCGGGACAUGAGGCCGCCCCUGCCAGGGGCACUUGGAGGGCUCUGGGGGGGACACGGAGCCAAGAGUUCAUGGCUCUCCCACGAGCAGGACUUGAGGCCCCAGCACCUGCGGGCUGGCACCAGGCUCGGCAAGCACUAUCCCCGAUGGGUGCUGGGCGGGGGUGGGGGCGGGCCCCAGGCCCAGCUGUCCCGCCCCGCCCCGCAGAGCGUGGAGGGCGAGCAGCACGAGAAGGCGGUGGAGCUGCUCAAGGCCGCCCAGGGCUCGGUGAAGCUGGUAGUCCGGUACACGCCCCGCGUGCUGGAGGAAAUGGAGGCCCGCUUCGAGAAGAUGCGGUCCGCCCGCCGGC